UCAGCGUGAACCACAUCCUCCUCGGCAGCAGCUCUACAAACCUCCCUCCUGACCCUGGAAAUCACAUCUCCCCUAAAAUAAAGACUGAGGAGCAGUUUUACAUCUCCGCCGGCUCACAGGAGCUUUUCAGUUUCCUGGCUGUCAGCUGAGCGUCAGAGGGAGGAAGUGGAGAGUCUCACCUGAGGCAGGUAUCCAGAGCUCAGCAUGAGGCUCUGAGGAGGCGGCAGGUUUCCAUUAAAGCCGGUUUGAACUCGAGGAGGAUGGGGAAGGAGCAGGACCUGCUGCAGGCGGUGAAGAGCGGAGACCUGCUGUCCACCCAGAAGCUGCUGUCCAAGCUGAAGACCAACCGCAACAAGCUGCUCGGCUCCACAAAGAGGCUCAACGUCAACUUCCAGGACUGUGAUGGGUUCUCGGCGCUGCAUCACGCCGCCCUCACGGGAACCACAGAGCUGCUGUCGGCGCUGCUGGAGGCUCAGGCCACCGUGGACAUCAAGGACAGCAACGGAAUGCGUCCGCUGCAUUACGCCGCCUGGCAGGGAAAAGCUGAAUCGGUGCUGAUGCUGCUUCGGUCCGGAGCUUCGGUGAACGGAGUCUCCCUGGACGGCCACAUCCCGCUGCAUCUAGCUGCUCAGUACGGACACUUCGAGGUGUCUGAGAUGUUGCUGCAGCAUCAGUCCAACCCCUGUUUGGUCAACAAAGCCAAGAAGACUCCUCUGGAUCUGGCCUGCGAGUUUGGACGGGUCAAGGUGGCCCAGCUACUGCUGAGCAGUAACAUGGUGGUGGCUUUGUUGGAGGGAGAGAGGAAGGAGCCCACAGACUCAGCCUUCACCACCCCUCUUCACCUCGCUGCCCGCAACGGACAUAAAGACAUCAUACGGCUGCUGCUGACGGCCGGCAUCGACAUCAACAAAACCACCAAGUCUGGAACAGCGCUUCAUGAAGCUUCGCUGUACGGAAAAACAGAAGUGGUCCGACUGCUGCUGGACGCCGGAGUGGAUGUGAACAUCCGAAACACCUACAACCAGACAGCGCUGGACAUCGUGAACCAGUUCACCACAUCCCACGCCAGCAAGGACAUCAAGCAGCUGCUGCGAGAUGCGACAGGUGUUUUGCAGGUCAGAGCUCUGAAGGACUACUGGAACCUCCACGAUCCGACCGCCCUCAACAUCCGAGCCGGAGACGUCAUCAUGGUGAUGGAGCAGCACAUGGACGGACGCUGGAAGGGCCACAUCCACGACAGCCAGAGAGGGAUGGACCGAGUCGGCUUCUUCCCUCCGUCCAUCGUGGAGGUCAUCAGCCGGAGGAACGGUUUGUCUCCGAGCCGCCGGUCUCAGUCCGGGUGUCCCUUCGAGGACAUCUGGGUUCUCAGGGACUCGUGUCAUGCCGGAGACAGGAACAGCGUGGGCAGCACCGGCAGCGUUGGCAGCACUCGGAGCGCCGGCAGUGGUCAGAGCACCGAGAGCAACCACGCCGCCAACGGACUCCAUCACAACACCGGUCACCAUGACAACAAGGCGGCGCCCCCUGCUGUCGAUCCUGGACACUCAGCAGACCUCAACAAACAGCCUGAUCAACCGACAGGUGGGACUCCGCGGAGGCCGACGGUGACGGUUCAGAGGCCUGCAGAGCAGAGCUUCUCUCAGCAGUUUGUUCGUCCUCAGCAGCUGCUGGAGGGGAAGGAUGCAGAGGCCAUCUAUCAGUGGCUGAGCGAGUUCCAGUUGGAGCAGUACAUCGGAAACUUCCUGAAUGCCGGAUAUGAUGUACCGACCAUCAGCAGGAUGACUCCUGAGGAUCUGACUGCCAUUGGUGUGACCAAACCAGGACACCGCAAGAAGAUCUCUAUUGAGAUCAACAACCUGAGCAUCCCUGAGUGGCUGCCUGAGUACAUCCCUUCUGAUCUCGGUGAGUGGCUCAGUGCCAUCGGCCUUCCACAGUACCACAAGAAACUCUCGGAGAAUGGCUAUGACUCCAUCAGCAUCGUCAAAGACCUCACAUGGGAGGAUCUGCAGGAGAUCGGCAUCACCAAGCUCGGCCACCAGAAAAAGCUGAUGUUGGCGGUAAAGAAGCUGUGUGACAUCCAGAGGGCUAUCCUUCAGGCUGAAUCAGGUCAGGGCACGCUACGACGCAAAGGCCCAGGAGCCCUCCACCUGGUCGCCAUUGACCCACCUGACUCUGGCGGUGAAUGUUCUUCACCUCACACCCCAAAGAUGCUGACUUUCCAGGACAGCGAGCUGAGCGCUGAGCUGCAGACGGCCAUGUCGAGCCACUACGGAGGCUGUGAGGAAGGUUUGGCCAUCAAGAAUGCAGUGGGGAUGUCUCAGAGCCAGGAGAGUAUCGACACCAGGUCCAGAGGCUCCGGUCGCUCCCAGGAGCCUCCUACAGCCUCCAUCACCCCCCACAGUUGGUCCCAGGAGAGCCUGGAAGGCAGCCCUGCCAAAGAGAGGAACCUUCCUGAGGGCUGGGACCAGCGGCCCCUGCAGCAGCAGCCUCUGCCCAAACAGGUGCCUCUGGGUACAGCCACCGUGUUCAAGUAUCCGGCCAUCCCAGCCAAGCCCAAACUGUCUGGAUCUUGUGGCAACUCCCCUCAUGGCUCCCCAGCGCUGAAGGGUUUCAGCUACCUGCAUUCUCACUGUGGUUCUACAGACCUCAUCUCAUCUCAAAGACCAGAGAACCACACCAUGACCCUGACACCACCCAAGAAGCGCACCCAGAGCAUGACUCGUUAUGCUCUGUCAGACGGAGAGCCUGACGAGGACGACGAGGAGCUUGCAGUUCCUCCUGGAAAUGUGCCGUCCUAUGCCACUUUGACCCGCAAGCCCGGCCGCAGUCAGUUGGCUCGAUUGCAGUCAAGUCCAGAGAAAAACGGCAACGUGGGACGUAGUCAGUCAUUUGCAGUGCGUGCCAGGAAAAAGGGUCCCCCACCUCCUCCUCCAAAGAGACUGAGCUCAGUGAGCAGCACUACCAGUGGCGAGCUGAGCGACAGCAGCACGACGUCGUCCUCUGGUGGGGUGGUAACUGACAGUCCAGGGAGUGUGAGGAGCAUCGCAGCUUCUCUGGAAAGUGGCACUGAGGAGAAGAACCCACCAGGACCUAAACCAGACCUCAUCCAGCAGGAGCCCCCUUACCUAAGCUCUGCAGAGCCCAGAGAGGCAGCAGGGGUAAGGAGAAGGGUGCAGAGUGAGUGUGCUCCCACCCAGACAGGCAGCAGCACUGAGCUGGACCGAGGGGUGAAGUCCGACUCUGAAGAAGAAGAAUCUAAAGGUCGUGGACUGGAAGGCUCCUCGUCCCCUCAGAACAGCUCCAGUGAAUGCAUCCCCUUUGCCGAGGAAGGCAACCUGACCAUCAAACAGAGACCCAAAGCUCCUGGUCCACCCAGAGCUGAGGCUGUGCUGGAGCCUCCGGACAAACAAGCAGCCAAGAAUCUGGAUGUACCAGAGUUUAACCUGAAAGAGUCAGACACAGUGAAGCGCCGACACAAACCCAAAGACAAAGAGCAGGGCGAAGGCUCCCCCUGCAGAGAGGGCACCAUGUCCGAGUCUGGCAGCAGCAGGCCUCCAUCCCAGAGCCAGGGAGAGGUCAGUCUGAGGAUCAGUGAGGCCAGUCUGGAGAGGCCAGCCAGUCCAGCUACAGGAUCACCCAUCAAACCUCCGCUUUCCCCCAAACCUGCUGUUGCCCCAAAACCUGUUCGCCACAGUCUGCUGGCUGCACAGAGACCCUCCUCUCCUACUGUGACUGUCAGCGUGGUUCAAAGCGUGGCCUUCGCCUCUCCGUCCUCACCUGCCCACGGAUCCCCAGCUUCAGUUUCGGCCCCUCAGAGCCCCUCUCUGGCAGCGGCAAGACCUCAGGUAUGCGUUGUGGGUCCAGGUCAUCUACCAGAGGAGUCAGAGGUGGUCCAGCAGAGACUGGAUCAGACCAGCACGUCUCUAGCAGCAGCUCUGAAGGCUGUAGAGAGCAAACUGAACCUGGAGGACGGCUCUGAUGGCGGAGCGAGCACAGUAAAGUCUGCAGGGACCAUUCUAGACGACAUUGGCAACAUGUUCGAUGACCUCGCCGACCAGCUGGACGCCAUGUUGGACUGAAGAUGUCCUAUAAAAUAAACAUAAUAUCCACAUUCAACCUCAGGAAUGGAAAGAGGAAAAGGGGAUUAACGGAGGGAUAUCCCCAUCAGUGUUUUAACCUGCACAGUCGGAGGAGCUGCAGUCAAACACUCGCCUGAACACCAGCACUUAAUCUCCACUGUACUUCCUAAACGUAAACUGGGUCCUUUGCUCACAUUUCUAACCGGCAGCUGAAUCUGAUUUCCAAGUCGGUGCAGCACAAACCUUUUGGUGUCGAACAUGAAACAAACAAGGACACAAAUGUUGGAGCGGUCCACUGUGAGGAGAAACUCCUGAGCAGUUUGUUAUAUUACUGUUAAACACUAAUAUUGUAACAUGAAGUUUUAUGUUUUUAUAUUAUAAAGAGCUGAAGUCCUGCCGCCACCUGCUGUCCAGCUUCUGUUCCAGCAGCUUCAAAGCAAUCACACUGAGGAGUUUUUCCAUAUUGGUGAGAAAGUCAAGCAUGUUCCUGACAAACGUGGACCUACUACAGAGUUUAAUAUUAGUUGUUGUCAUUUAGAGAUUACAUUGAUUUUAAUUGGAGCCAAUUUGACUUGUGACUUCUGGUUUCCGCCAACUUUUAAAAUUAGAGUCAGAUCCUUCAAGAUCAGGGUUUUCUCCUUUCACACUCCGAAAACUUUCCACGCUACCUCCUAGCCAAACACCAACUGGUCCAUACACAGGCUAAUGUUAGCUACUUUAGCUACAUUGUGCUGACGGAGUCGGUCAGUUGAAACACUACCAGCAGUAUCCUGUGAGUUUCUUGUUAUUGUAGGAACUUCAGGCCUUUUAUAAGCCUUGACAUUUUAUGAACAAAGCAAUAAUUUUUCUAACCGAGCACCAGCACUGUUGAUAAAAGGCCUGAAUUUAGUGUUGAGACCAGAGUGAUACACAGAAAAAGAUGACUCACUCAGUAGUUUUGGAAAAAAAGUUGAAACUUUGUGAACCUGGUUCCAGCCAAGUGUUUAAAAAAGCAGCUAAAGAGUCAAAUAUUUACUUCAGGAGCUGGUGGAGAACAAAAACGGAGCCAAAAGAGAGUGAAGAUUGGUUAUUGAUUCAUCAGGUGACCACAAAACCUGUCAAUGUUGCUUUUACUACUGUCGAGCCUCUUUUAGCUCCUAGUUUUGGUCUAAAGAACAUUUCCUUUGUGGUUCAGGUUCAGUGUUUCCAGACAAGAGCCAGAUAUUUCUCUGAGGAGCAGGUGGAGACCAAAAACAGAGCAAAAAGAGCACGAAGACCAGAUGUAGAGUCACAAACAGUCCAGUCAUUCUUGUAUUUACUACUUCAACUUGUUUCUGCUGCCCUCCAGUGGCCAAAAAAAUGUCACUUUAUGCAUUUAUGUCUAAUAAAUGUAAACUUUUGGUUGCAGGCAACAGAGUACAUUAUAAAUAUCACUUUAUUUACAUGCAGACUUAGUUUUCUGGUGAUUCACUUUAACUGCCAAUACACAUUUUCACUGUUUUCUUGUUGCUGGAGCAGAACCCGGGCGGCAUCAUUUCCUCUUCAGCUGUUUAUUCUCGGCGUCUGACCAUUUCAAAUUUUACCUUUGUAAUAUUUAAAGAAAUCUAUUUUCUAUCGAGCGGUUUUAACCACGUGUAGGUUUCUGUUUGUGUUGUUGAAAACUGACCUUUUCUACUCGUACGUGUGUUUAUGAAGCUACAACAAAACCUGUAAAAUUUCUACAAAAGGGAAGAGAAAGCAUGUUCAGCAUGACGCUUAUAUACAUACUAUUUUUUGAUAUUCAUUUUAGCCAAAUUAGUAUUUAAAUUAGAGUUAUCUAAAUAUGUAUAUUGUACACUAGAGGUAUAUACAGGAGCACAUACUCAACCAAAGGCCUGUACAGAUUCUCCUCAGAUAUUUUCAGACAUUUCCUUUAAAACGUUCUCCACUUUGUUCCUGUAAGAUGUUUAUGAGAUGAUAUUUUUGUGUCCAGCCUGCAGCGUAUGGAUGAAUUUCUGUAUUUAGCAUGCCAUAGCUCCGUCUGAACAUGUUCCAUCUGUGAUAAAGACUGGUAACCCUGCAGUGUGUGUGUCAGUGAGGCUUCUGAUUUUUAAUGUUGUGUUUGUGGUUGCAAGAAGUCUGUUUGUCACCCAAAUCAAGCAGACUUCUAACUUAAAACAAAGAGACAGCCAGAUUAAUAUACUGUGUUAGAACAUUUACUGAACUGCUGCUUUAAAAAUAAAGUAUUCUAAAUAAAUAAAGUAAAUAGAUAUCAGUGUUGUCGGGCGGAGGGCGCCAUCACCGAGGUCUUAUCUGUGUAAAAUCACAGCUUGGAACAAACCUCACAGUGAAUAUUGAGAAAAUAAUACAUAUGACUGCAG